UGACGCCGGCAGUAGUACGGUAUCGGGUUGCGGGAAUAACACCUUCCGUUUGUCUCUUCCUCGGGCGGCUCCUCACCCGGCUUCUUCCCCGCCAUGACCACCACGACCACCUACAAGGGGAUGGACCCCAGCGGGCGAAGCAGUUCCAGAGUUCUUCGUCCACCAGGUGGUGGAUCCACGUUCAACAUGGGAUUUGAUCUGCCAAAAGAACACCAAAACACAAGAAGACACAAGAUGGCAUCCAAUAUCUUUGGGACUCCAGAAGAUAAUUCACCCUCCUGGGCUAGCUCAACAGCAGCCAAGCCCAGUGAUGUCAGUGAAAAUUCCGAAGCUCCUGGGUCCCAAAGAAGAAAUUCUUCUGAAGCAAUCUCUGGUGACUUUGUGGAUCCAAAGGACGGGGAAGGUGAGGCUCCCGAAAACACAGAGGUUGAAAUAGAAGCUGCCUCUGGCCCGAGUGAAGAGAAGCCCGUGCCGGCUGCACCAGUUCCUAGCCCCGUAGCUGCAGCACCUGCACCGUCUAGGAGAAAUCCACCUGGCGGAAAGUCCAGCCUAGUUCUUGGUUAAACUUUUUUCUUCUUUGCUCCUCCUCCUAACUACUUGGAACUCAUGUCUGUCAUCUUUGUUUUCCUUCCAUGCUUGUGAACUGCACAACUUGAGCCUGACUGUACUUCUUCUCAAACUGUCAUUAAAGAAGCACUUUAUGUACUUCA